GGAGUCAUAAAAGAUAAAGCGCUUGCACUAUAAACCCCACACAGACAGACAGUGACUCAAGAUUUGUGUUGGUGUUUGAGAGAUAAAAAGCGAUAUUUUACAUUCGGACUAACUGUAAUCAUGUCGUACUAUGAGGACACGAUUGAGAAAAUGCUCCCUAAGACAUAUCUGCGCAAACAUGUGGCUCAUGAAGUGUUUGUUGUCAUGGCCCACUUCAGAGCACUUGUGCCCACCAUGGAUAAAUACAUGUACAAUGACGGAACCGCAAAGAACUUGAUGAGUCUGACUGGAACCCUUCCUGUUGUGUUUAAAGACCAGACCUACCACAUGCCAAUAUGCCUGUGGCUUGAGGAAAGCUACCCUCAGACUGCUCCCAUCUGCUACGUCAGGCCCACACGUCAGAUGAUGAUCGUCAGAGGGAAGCACGUCUCCAGCAGUGGCAGGGUUCACCUGCCUUACCUGGACGAGUGGAAGAAUGACAAGUGUGACCUAGUUAGUCUUCUGCAAGUGAUGGCUGUGAUGUUCGGAGACUUUCCUCCACUGUGUAUGCGGCCUCAUUCAGAGCCUGAACAGGCCUCAUGUCGGCUACAGUUCCACAGACAAGUCGAGGUGCUUUCACGGACAGAUGGAAGUUUCUACAUGUCUCUAACCAGAGAAGAUGGUCAACCUUUCCAGCAGAAUAAUGAAACCAACUGUUAGUCUUUAAUGUAAAGUGACAGUUAAAGUUUCUGUCAAAACAGUUUUGGUAUUUGUUGUUAAAUGUUUUAUCCCAUGUACGAUGUCAGAUGGUAUCCAUUUAUUGUUAUACAGUAUUUCAUGUCUCUUUUUUCAGUUGAGUGGUAUUAUAAAUGUCAAAAACCAUUGACUGUGUUUUGUGGCAAUGUUUGGCACAUUUACAAAAGGUAUUUCAAAAUGUUUUUUUCUUUGGUAUUUGUGUACCAAGG